AUGGUGGCCUGGAGGGUGGCGGUUCUGUGUCUGUGGGUCUCCUGCGGCUCUGCCGCCGGACAGCUGGAAUAUUCAGUGCUGGAGGAGACCGUGCGGGGCGUAGCCGUAGGCGAUGUUUCCGCGGACUUGGGGCUGUCGGCGGCCGCCCUGUCCUUGAGGAACUUUCGCUUCCUUUACAGCCACCGAGAGUCCUACUUCGGGGUGGAUCCGGCCAGCGGUAGUUUGGUGGUCCUAGAGCCGGCGGACCGCGAACUGCUGUGUGAGACCAAAGCUGUCUGCGUCUUGACCUAUGAGCUGGUGCUCGAGGACCCGCUGGAGCUCCACACGAUGCGAGUUCACGUCGUGGACACCAACGAUAACUCACCUCUCUUCCCUGCCGGCGACGUGCAGCUGCACAUCCCCGAGUUCCUGAUGCCCGGAGCCCGCUUUACUCUCCCCAAUGCUCAAGAUGCUGACGAGGGAAGCAACGGGGUCCUAAGCUACAGUCUGAGCCCCAGCCAGCACUUUCGCCUGCUCAUGGGAUCGCGGGUGAACGGCAGUGAAUACCCGGAGUUGGUAUUAGAGAAAGCGCUGGAUCGGGAGCAGCGCGCCACCCACCAGCUGGUGCUCACCGCCAGGGACGGCGGGCAGCCGGCGCGCUCCGGAGACGCACACGUUACCGUCCUAGUGGUGGACACAAACGACAACGCGCCUGUACUUGAGCGCACAGUCUACCGCGCCAAGGUACCAGAGACUGCCCCCAACGGGACUGUGUUAUUACGAAUUCAGGCCUCGGACCCGGAUGAAGGCUCCAAUGGGGAAAUCCGGUACUCCUUAAGCAACAGCACGCGAGCAGCGCUGAGACACCACUUCCACGUGCACCCUAGAAAUGGGGAGGUGCGCGUAGCUGCUUCUCUAGGUCCGCCUGAAACGUUGUUGGAGGCGUACAUUGAGGCGAGGGAUGAGGGCACCUUCGGUUUAGCUAGUACUGUCAAACUGCUGGUGGAAGUGACUGAUGUGAACGAUCACGCCCCUGAGGUCAAUUUCCUGACUCUCUCCAGUUCCAUUUCUGAGGACGCUCCCCCUGGCACAGUGAUUGCUCUCCUUCGUCUCAGGGAUGAGGAUCUCGGUCCCAAUGGUAAGGUCAUCUGUAGCAUGUCCAGCGGAGGCCCUUUCAAGCUAAAGGCUUCCUUUGACAACUACUAUAGCUUGCUGACUGAUGGGCCGCUGGACCGGGAGCAGGUCAGGGAAUACCAGCUCCAGAUCACUGCCUCAGAUGGUGGCUCACCCCCCUUGAGCACCCGCAGGAAACUGACUGUGUUUGUUGCUGAUGUGAAUGACAAUUCACCAAGCUUUGCUCAACCACAACAGGAACUUUUUGUGGCUGAAAACAAUGGUCCUGGGACGUCUCUAGGCCGUGUGUUUGCCCAGGAUCCCGACCUGGGGAAGAAUGGCCUUGUCUUCUAUGAGUUGUUGGAUAUUAUCUCUGAAAGGCAGACAGUCUCUAGCUUGGUGGCAGUAGAAUCACCCAGCGGGGCUCUCACUGCCAAAAUUUCCUUUGACUUUGAGCAGCUCAGGGGGUUUCACUUCCAAGUGGAAGCCCGGGAUGGUGGUAUUCCUCCCAGAAGUGCAACAGUGAUCAUGAACUUGUUUGUGAUAGAUAGGAACGACAGUGCUCCAGUCAUCUUGUUUCCUGUGCCCAGGAAUGGCUCUGUUCCAGUAGAAAUUGUGCCCCGCUCUACCAGGAGUGGACACUUAGUCACAAAAGUGGUAGCGGAGGAUGCAGACAGUGGCUCUAAUGCUUGGCUUUCCUACCAUAUUUCUCAGGCUUCUGACUCCAGGCUUUUCAGAAUUUCAGCCAGUAUGGGAGAACUCCGAACUGCCCGCUUAAUUCUUCCCACUGAUGCCGUUAAGCAGAGGGUAGUGGUUGAGGUUCGGGACCAUGGAGACCCACCACUUUCCUCUUUCGUCACAUUGGGUAUAUUCUUGAGCAACUCUGCUCCUUGGGUCCUUCCAGACUUUGAAGAUACCUGGGAAACAGGAGGCCACCUUUCUACCCAGAACCUGUAUUUAGUGAUUGCUCUGGCCUGUAUUUCCUUUUUAUUUCUGGGGUGCUUACUUUUCUUUGUGUGUAUCAAGGUGAACCAGAGCCCAGUUUCUUGUUCUCAAAGCUGCUGUGGCUCUCCAGAGGAACUGAGGUAUGGGAGGAAGAUGGCUUCAAAUCCUCUGACAUCAGCCACAAUAGAUGUCACUAAAGUUGAGAGACUUUCUCAGACCUAUCUCUAUCGGGCCCCUCUAGGACCUGGUUCUGAUAAUAACAGAUUGCUGUUGCGUGGGGAAUACAGUGCUGCUGACCUGAGAAAUCUGGCUACUGGGGUAGGACUGAAUUUGCCAAUCUCCUGCAUUCACAUUCGGAAUAGGAAGGUGGAUCACUUAAAUAUCAAUGCCAUGGUAAGCAAAUUUGGAGGGAUUUGA